CUUCCACUAACUCAGUCUGCUAGGGAUGUUCUACUAAUCAGCGUUUCAGCCAUAAUAAACUCAAAACAUUGACCCAAGUUCUGAAACUUUCGCUUAACUUAAUUGUACGUUAAUAGCCUACUGCUUGUCUCCUGGAGAAGAAAAAAGUUGUUUCAGAUUCACUGUCUGACUGAAUUGGAUAGUUGGGUUAGUGUUUUUCGUCACUUUGUCGGCGCGGAAAGCACGGUGAAAUACCUGAAUUGGAUAUUUGUCCACUAUUAUUUUACAUUUCUUCUUUGCUGUUGAACGCACUCGACUCGUGAUGGUCCUCCUGUCACUGAGCUUAGUCCUAGUGGGAGUUGUAGUGAGUCUGACUUCAGCCGACCUGGCUGGUGAAGUAGAUAAGGAAGAGUUCCUCAAAAGCCGGCUGAAGGAGUACGGUCUGAUCACCCCCAUCAGCACCGACUCGGAGGGCCACUACCUGUCACAUCUGCUCUCAGCCAACCACAAGCAGCGGGUGAAGAGGGACGCGGCACUGGGCCUGCAGCAGGGUGACCAGCUCUUCUUCAACAUCACCGCCUUCGGUAAGGAGUUCCACCUGCGACUGCACCCCAACCGCAAGCUCGUGGCCCCUGGGGCUAUGGUGGAGUGGCACGAUGAGGUGGAGGCCGUGGUGGAGGACAAUGGCAACUCGACGGAGAGCGGCAAUCGCUCCAGCGUUCGCACGGACAGGAUAAUGAACCGGGAACUUCUCAAAACAGACUGCACGUUUGUCGGCGACAUCACGGACGUGCCAGACGCCUCCGUCGCUAUAAACAACUGUGAUGGGCUGGCGGGCAUGAUUCGCACCGAUGCGGAUGAAUACUUCAUUGAGCCACUGGAGCGGGGCGCGCAGGAGCACGAGGAGAAGGGGAGAGUGCACGUGGUCUACAGGAGGUCCGCCGUCCGCCAAGCCCCGUCCGACAUCUCCGUGGACUAUCAGCUGGACGAGCCUGAGUUGAAUGUCCCUCGGGUGCUGGACAGCGUUGCUAAGCAGGUCAACCAAACGGUCCGGAGACGGCGACACGCUGGCGACGACGACUACAACAUCGAGGUGCUACUGGGAGUGGACGAUUCGGUCGUGCGUUUCCAUGGCAAAGAGCAUGUGAUGAACUAUUUGCUCACUCUCAUGAAUAUAGUGAAUGAGAUCUACCAUGAUGAGUCGCUGGGAGUUCACAUCAACGUGGUCCUUGUGAGAAUGAUCAUGCUGGGCUACUCAAAGUCCAUUAAUCUCAUCGAGAGAGGCAACCCAUCACGCAGCCUGGAGAACGUGUGCCGCUGGGCCCAAUUGCAGCAGAAGGACAACCCGGAACAUUCCGAGCACCACGACCACGCCAUCUUCCUUACUCGCCAGGGCUUCGGACCCACGGGCAUGCAGGGGUACGCCCCCGUCACCGGUAUGUGUCACCCUGUCCGCAGCUGCACCCUGAACCACGAGGACGGCUUCUCCUCCGCCUUUGUUGUGGCCCAUGAGACCGGUCAUGUGCUGGGCAUGGAGCAUGACGGACAGGGCAACCGCUGUGGGGACGAGACGGCCAUGGGCAGCGUCAUGGCCCCUCUGGUGCAGGCUGCCUUCCACCGCUACCACUGGUCCAUGUGCAGCGGCCAGGAGCUGAAGAGAUACAUUCACUCUUACGACUGUCUCCUGGACGACCCCUUCAAACACGAUUGGCCACCUCUUCCAGAGCUGCCCGGCAUCAACUACUCCAUGGACGAGCAGUGCCGCUUCGACUUCGGUGUGGGGUACAAAAUCUGCACAUCGUUCCGCACGUAUGACCCCUGCAAACAGCUGUGGUGCAGCCACCCCGACAACCCCUAUUUCUGCAAGACCAAGAAGGGACCUCCUCUUGAUGGAACAGAGUGUGCACCUGGGAAGUGGUGCUACAAAGGUCACUGCAUGUGGAAGAACGCCAACCAGGUGAAGCAAGAUGGCGUCUGGAGCGUGUGGAGUAAAUUCGGCUCCUGCUCGCGGAGCUGUGGCAUGGGCGUUCGCUUCAGAACCCGCCAGUGCAACAAUCCGGCGCCAGCAUACGGAGGCCAGGACUGCCCUGGUGUGAACUAUGAGUAUCAGCUCUGCAACACAGACGACUGCCCCAAGCACUUUGAGGACUUCAGAGCCCAGCAGUGCCAGCUCCGCAACUCGCACUUUGAAUUCCAGAACACCAAGCACCACUGGCUACCCUACGAGCAUCCUGACACACAUAAGCGGUGCCACCUGUACUGCCAGUCCAAGGAGUCGGGAGACGUGGCGUACAUGAAACAGCUGGUGCACGACGGCACGCGCUGCUCCUACAAGGAUCCUUACAGCAUCUGUGUGCGGGGAGAGUGUGUGAAAGUGGGAUGCGACCGGGAAAUUGGUUCCAACAAAGUGGAGGAUAAAUGUGGCGUGUGCGGAGGCGAUAAUUCCCACUGCCGAACGGUGAAGGGAACCUUCACUCGCACCCCCAAAAAACCCGGCUACCUUAAGAUGUUUCUCAUCCCUCCUGGGGCUAGACAUGUGGUCAUUCAAGAACAUGAGGCCUCCCCUCAAAUUCUUGCCAUCAAGAACCAAGCCACGGGACACUACAUCCUCAACGCUAAAGGCGAGGAGGCAAGGUCACGGACGUUCAUUGACCUCGGCGUGGAAUGGAACUACCUCAUCGAGGAGGACGUGGAGACGCUGCACACUGAGGGGCCUCUACAUGAUGCCGUGGUCGUCCUGAUUAUCCCCAAGGACAAUGAGACCCGAUCUACGCUGAUGUACAAGUACAUUAUUCAUGAGGACUCGGUGCCAGUCAACAACAACAAUGUCAUUCAGGAGGACACGUACGAGUGGGCCCUAAAGAGCUGGUCCCAAUGCUCAAGACCCUGCGCAGGAGGUUUCCAAUAUACCAAGUAUGGCUGCCGGAAAAAAGGGGAUAACAAGAUGGUUCACCGCAGCUAUUGUGAUGUCAGCAAGAAGCCCAAGCCAAUCAGGAGGAUGUGUAACCUUCAAGACUGCACACAGCCUCAAUGGAUUGCGGAGGACUGGGAGCACUGCACCAAAACCUGCGGCAGCCUGGGCUACCAGAUCCGCACGGUCCGCUGUGUGCAGUUCCUCCACGAGGGCACCAACCGCUCCGUCCACAGCAAGUACUGCAGCGGGGAGAAGCCGGAGAGCCGCCGGCCCUGCAACAGAGUGCCCUGUGUGGCCCCGUGGAGGACAGGACCCUGGUCCGAGUGUUCGGUGACCUGUGGGGAAGGGGUAUCACGAAGACUUGUGACAUGUCGCAUCGGUGACCAGUGCGGUGGGGAGAGGCCCGAGACGAUUCGGCCGUGCAGGCCAGGGCCUUGUCAAGAUGAGCUGUGUGCAGGGGACAAGUCCAUCUUCUGCCAGAUGGAGGUCCUGGCCCGCUACUGCUCCAUCCCCGGCUACAACAAGCUGUGCUGCGAGUCCUGCAGCAAGCGGAGCGGCACCCUGGCGCCGCUGCUGUCCGAGGGGGAGGAAGAGGUGCGCUUCGGCUCCGCUUCCCAGCUCCUGGAGACGCUGUCGGCCAACGGGAGCCUCGCGGGCCUCGCCGGUCUCCCCGGUCCUCUGCCGCCACGUCAGACCUCCUCCUCCUCCAGGGGGAGCAACGCGGGCGGACGGUCCUCUCCGAGAACGGCCCCUACGUCCCCGCCGCAGCGAAGAGGCGGCGGCGGCGGAGGCUCUGAGGGAGGCAAGGCCACCCGGCAGACGCCACCUCACGCCGGCAAGAGCCAGGCCGCCCCGCCCAACACGCACGGCUCCGGGAAGAGAGGCGGCGGUGGCGGCGGUAACGGCAACGCCCGGAGGUCGGACAGCCCCAGCACGGACAUUCGGCGGCUCCCGGCGUUCAGCGAAGUGCAGCGGUGAAGCCGGGCGGCCAGCCUCUCCUGAACUCUUUCUUUUGAGUAGAUGUACAGCUUUUGUUUUUAACUGCACAAGGCCCUCGCAAGAGAUUAGGAUUGAUCGAGAGUAAGAGAGGGAGAGAGAGAGAGAGAGAGAAAGAGAGAGAAAAAAGUGCUGGUUCACUUUCAGAUCAUAGACCCCAAUCCCAUACACACGCAGUGCCCCAAACUAAACCCCCCUCCUCGCAGAAAUGGUCUAAACAUGAGCCAUUUUCUCUGCAACAUGAGACAGGCGUGACAAAAAUAAAUAAAUCCGUAGUGUCCGUUUACCAAUUGCUUGGUCAUCCUGGGCUUGCACAUUGGCUUCACUUACUCAGUAGGAAAAUGGCUCUGGUUGUUUAGAAUAUGAGACUUAAGUUACGUUUGUGUUUACUGGCGCUCACCUAUGUUAUUGACAGAUUUAGAUAUUUAUAAACAUUUCCUGUAAAUACUAUAUAUGUAAAAUGUCAGUAUUAUUUUAAAGAAAAAAAAAACUAAGCUGAGGAUUUUAUACUAAAAGCAGUCACGUAUUUGGUGCUUUUUAUACAUAUGUAAAACAGGUCUCUAUGCAGACAUUUUUUGCAAACAUAUUUUCAACUGAAUCUGUCACAGUAUUGGUCAUUCUUGAAGUCAGAUCUUAAUUUAACUGCAGAGAGUACCUCUAGAAUGAUGUGUACCUCAGUUCAUUCAGAACACCUAAGCCCCACAGUGUUAAAUAACACACACACACGUGUGCGUGCACGUGCGCACACACACACAUAUGUGGAAAAGUGCACAUGGAUGUGUUUGGCACAAGUUGUCUGCGUGUCUAGAUUUUCAUCAAUUUUCUAUACGUUCAAUGCAGAAUGCAGUUCAAAUAGGCAGCCAACAGGCCUUAAGCACCUGCAGAGAUUACCUCUUGAAUGAGCACCACAGACUUCCACGCAGUAUCCUUAAGCUCCACAGUAUUCAAUUGGAUGUUCUGUCGGUGUGAACUGUAGAAAUGCCUGGAUUAUAUCAUAUUGCUUUGUCUCUCAUGCAGCAUCUAGCCGGCACACUAAUCAGUUGUUACCACGGCCUCUCUACUCUCCCCAUUCCCCUCUACUGGUGUACUGUAUUUUUUUUUUUUUUUUUUUUUUUUUUUUAAAGGAAACUUAUUUCCAGUUGUAUCAAGUGCUCAGUCAAUGUCACACUUGAACCGUAAAACUUUCAGGGUGGCACGUGAGUAUAUUAGAUCAUUCCGUGACACAAACACAAAAGAUGGACUUAACAAAAGACGUGAAUGUGGAACAUGGUUCACAGACCAUCACGCUGGUUUUGUACUCCUUUUGAAUAAGUCUAAGAAGGAUAUUUAUUAUUAUUAACAAGGGUUAUAUCACAACCACAAUGCAUCUGACUGCAAUAACAAGAAAACCGUUUUGUUUUUCUAUUUCAAUGGGAGUUACCGUUCAGCCGUUCACACUCCAAGUGUGUGACUGUAUAGCUCUUGUACAUAGAGAACUUUAAGUAUUUAUUGAGAGUUGAAGUUCCUAUUCUGUUCAAUGUAUGACAGCAUCUGCCAAAAGCACACAAAAAAAGGUUUGUGAAGAGCAAUAGCCUAAACAGACAACAUUCCUAUUUCUCCUGAAUGUCUACUCUUCAUUUAAAUUGGAUGUGGUUCAAGCCAGAGAGAAAUGAUACGAUGUAGUUACGAUUGCAUUUUUUUUGUUGUUGUUGUUAUUGUUAUUGUUGAUAUAUUUUAGAAGCAUUUAAGCAGUUUUAGAGCUUAGUUACACACAGGACACAUACUCAGUACUUGAGAUUUGAUCACCCGAGAAAGCUGUUUCACCAGUUGUUUUUUGUAGUUUUAGUCUCCCUGCUGAGCUGCAUAUCAGUGGGUAUUAUCACUGGUAGGCAUACUGUAGGACCCCAACAAGGCUGUUGUCUCACAGCUAUUUAAAAAAUAGUGAAAAAAAAUGAUGUUGUGUCAGAAACACAGGCAGAGAUAUCCUGUCACGUAGAAGGUAGACUAUGUGUCCCCUUUGAACCCAAAUUUCAGCAUUAGAGAAAAGAUACCCCCAGCAACGGGCAAGUCUAGAGGAGUAAAAAUGCAAAAUAGAGUAUAUAGAUGGUGUGCUUAGAUGAUAUACAGUGCAUAAUGUAACAAUGUUGAUGAUACACAGUGCCUGCAUUACAAAUUGUUGUUCUAUUGUUCUCAUUUUACAUACAUGUUGUUGACUUGCUGCCUACAGUGAAUUGCUGCUAAUAUUAUGCAAAGCUUUCAAAGUUCAAGAGGAUGCUAGUAUUUUAGGUGUUACAUUGACAAUCCCUGAGCCUCAGACAGAUAUGCUGUAUAGGAUAUGUAUUGUACUGUAUGUAUCCCUGUACUAUCCGUUGCGUUUAAGUAUUAAUGCUCUGACUAGAGUAAUUGUCAUUUCUAAUUGCUUGCAGUUUUUUUUUUUACUUUUUUUUAGAUUGAAUUGAAGUGUACACUACUGAUGCUGUUUGUUGUAAUGGGGAGCACAUAGCAAUAAAGAAUAUACUAAACCUAA